UCCGUGGGCAUUUGCGCAUCAUGGGCAUGCCACCGACCCCUCUGCCUCCCAACUACUUUCUCCAACCACCGCUUUUCCCGACGCAAGUCGACAAGUACUUUCGCCUGGCAGAGGACACGACACGAGAUGUGGUGCGUUGGAUUCGAGCUACGUACGCACUCCGCACUUCCUCACAUGCCUUGUCGAUUGGCUUAGAUUGCAGCCACGCAGCUGGAUGGUGGUCUCAUCAAGUGGAGCCAAAGCUCCGCCAUGGUCGAGAAGUCUAUAGCGAACGGCCAAACAAUGCAGCAGCGUGGGGGUGGCUGCACCAUUUACAAAGGAUUUGACCCGACCGCCCCGCCUGGCGUCAUGUCAUACCUGGUGACGAUGGAGCUGGAGGCAACGUUGGCUCAAGUCGCGGCGAUGUUUGCUGCGUAUACGCCCCAUGAGCUACACGAGUACCGUCGACGCGUGGCCCAAGACGUGAUCGACAUCCACCAGCUAUACGCCCUCGCGACGCCGACCCCAGACUUUCCCCAUCGCCUCGUGUCUAUCAAGUAUUUUCUCAUGAAGGGCGCCAUGCCGGCUAUCACGCGGCCGCGCGACUUUUGCUGCCUCGACAGCAAUUUGGAGUUUGAAAUCAACGGCGUACGCGGGUUCGCGCGCGCAAUGAGGUCAAUCGAAUUGCCGUGCGUCCCGGACUUUGAAGCGUCGUUCAACAUCGUCCGAGGCUACGAGCAUCGAGGGGGGUUUGUCUUUAUCGAGUCAAGCACGACCCCCGGCGUGCUCUGCGCCGCCCAAUUGCACCAAGUGGACCCUAAAGGCAAACUACCGACGUGGCUCGUGGAUCUGGGCAUGAAGAUACGCUGUCGCAGCUUCCACGCCUUGGCGCGCCUCGUGAACGAGAGCCGCAUGACCGACCAAGCUUUCCUCCGAGACCACGAGGUGGUGGCGAAGGCCAGUCGAAGCCACUGCGCUCUGUGUUUGUCCAGGUUUCGAGUGCUGUUCAAACCCCCUGCUCGGUGUCGUAAAUGCGGCGAGGUUAUGUGCCACCAAUGUGCGCCGCUGUGGUCGGUCCGGACGUCGCACGGACAAGUACGCCGCGUGCGCGUGUGUCAGAUGUGCUGUCGGAACUCGCAGCCCCUGCAGUCGAGCUCGAGGGGCCCCACAGAGAUGACAGUGGUGGACGAGAUCGGGCCUGAAGAAAGCGAAGACAGCGACGCCGCUAUCAACAUGCUCACCCCCGCGCGGUGGUCGUUUGACGAGGCUGAAGUGGCGGCUACCGCAACCAUGAUGCAGUCUCUCGCGUCGUCUGCCGAUCGAUUCUAACAGCGUCGACGUACUAUGUUAAUAUAUAUUCACGAUUUUCAACUUUAGC